AGGGGGGAGACUACUUAAGGGCGGAUUAACGCUGGCAAGACAUUAAAUCCAACCUGCCUCCAUUCAGACGCAGCGCCCAGCCCAUCAACCUGAUCUGAAGAUCGAAAAUAGGAGGGCUUACAGUAAUCAGCCCUCACACUCUGAUGACAAGGAACGGCGUGGCCACGUUGCGGGGAGCGCUCAGCACGCACAGCUGGACUCUUCCUGGGCGCUGCGCUCUCAGCUCACAUCCAGCCAGAGCGCGCGCGGAGACAGGAGGAGCAUCCCGUAACGGAUGCCUGUUUUAGUUCCUUUCGGACUCUCUGGAGCCUGACCACAAACAAAAAGAGAGAACUCUGAAAGGAAAUCAAGCCCCCUUUUUCUUUUUUUGGAGGAAUUUGAACCCGUUGAACAUUCGUCUUCUCCGGAUGCUCAGAAAUGGGGGAAUGGACUAUACUAGAGAGGCUCCUGGAGGCUGCUGUCCAGCAGCACUCUACUAUGAUCGGAAGGAUCCUGCUAACAGUGGUGGUCAUCUUCCGGAUUCUAAUCGUAGCAAUAGUUGGAGAGACAGUCUAUGAUGACGAGCAGACCAUGUUUGUUUGUAACACCUUACAGCCGGGCUGCAACCAGGCAUGUUACGACAAGGCUUUUCCCAUUUCACACAUUAGAUAUUGGGUUUUUCAGAUCAUCAUGGUGUGCACGCCCAGCCUUUGUUUUAUCACAUACUCAGUGCAUCAGUCUGCCAAGCAGAAGGAGCGCCGCUACUCCACGGUCUACCUGACCCUAGAUAAGGAUCAAGAUUCUCUGAAGCGAGACGAGAGCAAAAAGAUCAAGAACACCAUCGUGAAUGGAGUACUUCAGAACACCGAGAACUCCACCAAAGAGGCGGAACCGGACUGUCUGGAAGUCAAAGAGAUCCCCAAUUCGGCCAUGAGAACUACAAAGUCCAAAAUGAGGCGGCAGGAGGGCAUCUCCAGGUUUUACAUCAUCCAGGUGGUGUUCAGGAACGCGCUGGAGAUAGGCUUCUUAGUGGGCCAGUAUUUCCUGUACGGAUUCAACGUCCCGUCCGUGUACGAGUGCGACCGCUACCCCUGCAUCAAAGACGUCGAGUGCUACGUCUCCAGGCCCACGGAGAAGACGGUCUUCCUGGUCUUCAUGUUCGCCGUCAGCGGCUUUUGCGUGGUUCUGAACCUGGCGGAACUCAAUCACCUGGGCUGGAGGAAAAUCAAAACGGCCGUGAGAGGCGUGCAAGCCCGGAGAAAGUCCAUCUAUGAGAUCCGGAACAAGGACUUGCCCAGGAUGAGUGUGCCCAACUUCGGGCGCACGCAGUCCAGUGACUCUGCGUACGUGUGAUGGACAUGCUUAUUCUUGUCAUGAGUGGGCAGAUUUUCUUUGAUUAUUCAUUUUUCUUUGAAGAACUUUUAAUUAUUAUUAUUAAUAUUAUUGCACUGAUGCAACUUUUUUGGUAAAGUUUCUACUCUGUAAAAUCGAGGCCAUGAUGUGUUCAGUGACUCUUUGUUGGGGCUGUUAUACUUGAAGAGAGAAAAAUGCAAAAAAAUGAAGAAAAAAAAAAAGUUGCACUAAGAGGUGAACACACUCCAGAGCCUGAUCUUACCCAAAUGUGCUUCUGCCCUGAUGGUGUUUGAAAACGUUUCUUUUCCACCCGUUUUUUCUUACUAAAUGGCACCAUUCUACGGAGAAAACAAAUCUACCAUCCAGAUUUAUAUGUGCAUAUAUAAAUCCUCUGUAUGGUUAGAUGAAAUCAAGCCUGAUUUAUGUUUUUUUUUUUGUUGCCUGUGUUGCACCACUGACCUUAACAUAUGUAACCAUUCCAUUGCUUCUUAGCUUACUUGCAAAAUGUGGUGAAUUUGCUGCAAGCAAACGUCUGUGACUUCCUUAAUUUAUGACACACCAAAGCGCCCACUGCUUUUAUUUGUGAUGUGUUCUUUUUUUUUCUUUCUGCUUUUUGCUUUUGUGUAAUCAAGUGCCAUACUUGUAUAUAAACAUAGUAUAAAUAUAUAUAUGUAUACAUAUAUAUAUAAAUCUAUAAUAAUAAUAAUAAUAAUCAUCCUGAAAGCUGAUUCCCUGCUCGGAUUAUGCUUACUACUGACCAAUUUUUUAUUUUGCUCUAAAUGUAUUUGUUGUGAAUCAAAUCAAGAAAUCCAAGAUAUACAAAUGUCUAAUUUAUUUUGCAAAUGACUGGAACCAGAAAUGAAGUGCUAGUCUUUUUUUAUAUAAAAAAAAACUGCAAUCAAAGCUGAUAAACACUGAAAAAAAAAAAAAAUAAAAAAAAUAAAAAAAAAAAACAGCACAAAAUUGAUAUUUUUAUCAAAAGAAUGGGCAAUAGACAUCUGUUCUGGUGCUACAAUUUUUCAUAGAAAUGGUUUUAAAUGUAACCUACAAACGGAUCAGAAAGAAAAGCGAAACAUCAUUUUCUUCUGUGGAAAAUAAACGUGGAAUUCAUGUACACCAGAAACGUGUGCGGUGCCAUGCUUUGUGCGCUCCCCCCUCCUCUCGUAGCCUGUUUUUUAUCAUAUCCAGUGGAAGUUGCUGCAGUGAAGAUGUUAGCCACACCCACCACUGCAGGACACACCUUGUGCAGGAUUUCACCUCUCUGCAAUGCAUGCUGCAAAGCUCCUUUUAGGAAUCAACUCGUUUGGACUCAAACGUGAGAUUUUUUAAUAUGAAAUAAGAGAAAAACAACUUAGAGGAAUCUCUUUUUCGACUUUUAAUCUAAGAAAAGAAGCACUCAGGGGAACACUGUGUUCUCCUUUCAAGGUUAAGACAAAAAGAAAAGAUUUUCAAGGAAAAGAGGGACAGAAAUAGAAUAAAGCUCUCUGUUUGGGAAAAGUCUUUUCCUGAAUUCCGGCAGAGAUGACUCUGCAAAAGCAGCAGAAAUUAACAGCACCUGCACAUCCACCUCCAGAUCAGCAGG